AGCAAGAUGUGAUAGAUUAUAUAACCAUAAAAAAACUACAAAUUACAGAGCUGCAAUUUUCAACCUUUGAUGUGUACAAUAUGAUUUCUCAAAUUAAUUAGCCUGUGAAGAACAUCAAACCUGUCGGCGAAAUUGGGCUGUCAAUGUAACUAUAUAAAUUCCACAAGUCACACUGCGACUCAUCAUAAAUAGUAACGUAGUUCGUUCCGGACUUUAGAACCUGUGUAUGAAAUACUCUGUUGGGCGAACAGCAACAUAAUGGAAGAGGGUGAAUUGUCAUCAGAGGAGUUCAAAAGUCGGCUGUACCAGUCAUUUAGAGAAAAAGGUUACAUUUCAAAUUUGAAGUCACAACUAAGAAGCAAGUUAAUUGUUGAGUUAAAGAACACUGCCCUCAACCAAGAUUUUCCUAAAGCAGCUGUACCGCUUGAAGAAGAAGAUUCACUGCUUCAUCGUGCAUCAAAUAGUCUUGUUGCUGACCACCUACAGAGAUGUCAGUAUGAAUAUUCAUUAGCUGUUUUCUUGCCAGAGAGUGGAGUUGCAUCAGAUAAGCUCUUUACCACACGAGACCUUCUACAACUUCUCAAAAUAAAUCCAGAUUCUAAACUUUACCGGAAGAUUGCGUCUUCUCUGCCAUCUUUUAAUGCAAAAGGGUUGCUAUGGCAGUUGUUAAGUGAAAUAGCCAAUAGUCACUCAGGAGGGUCAGAGAGCAAAGGUGUACAGGCUGACCUUUAUUCACAUUCCUCAUUAGUCGAUAAACUUGACGAUGUUGAUAGAGCAUUUAAUAGCCGUUCUAAUGGACAAGAUCUGCAGGGUUCAAAUGUCAUCACCGAGAAAAUGCUGUCAUUCCAACGAGAAGUAGAGGCCAGGUCAAAGGAACAACUUAAUUUUGAGAUAAGAAGAUUUAAAGAAAGUGAGUAUCGCAGCCUACAAAUGGAGGAAAGGGAGAAGUUCAGGUUAAAGUUAGAAUCAUCAAGAAAAGAUUUGGAAAACACUUAUCAGAUGAGGUGUAGGGCAUUAGAGGAACGAGAGCGAAAUGCAACAGAAAGACUUCAGCAGCAACAGCAGAUUGCCCAGAAAGAGAUGCAUGCGCAAAGACAAAAUUUAUUGGAUGAACUUCAGAUUUUAAGGUCAAAAGAAGCUGAGGUCAGGAGAGAGUCAGAGGUCAAUAAAAGAGCUGCAAAAUUGGAAGAGGACAAACGACUGGCAAUAGAAGAGAAUUUAAAACUGCGGGAAAUUGCUGUUAACAACAUUGAAGAAAAUUAUCAGCAACGGUUAAAGGAACAGUUAACACAAUAUGCUUUACAGAAGAGAAAAGAAUAUUCAGACAGACUUGAUGAUGUAGAGAGACGGGAAAGGCGUGUACGAGAUGAAGCAAGGAAAUUGGAAGAAGAAAGUCAAAUGAACAAAGAAAUAAAACAAGAAAUGAAAGAAAAGAAAACGAGGAUUGAAGAACUGCAGAACCUUCUUCAAUGUGCCAAGAAUGACCUAUUGUCAUCAAAUAAGAGCAACGAAAUACAGCAAGAGAAACUUAGAGAUAUGGUGGACUACCAACAAAUGAAGGAAAGCAAUGCAGUGAUGCGCAGGGAAUUAGAAACUACAAAAAUGCGUCUUGCAGAAACGAUCAACGAAUAUAAGACUGAACUAGCACGUCAAGAUGAGCGUAUGCAGCUGCUGUCUGCGAAAGCAUCGCUACCCUCUCCUGAGCUUGUAAGCAUGAAGGCAGAAGUCCACAGGGCAAGGGAUAGAGUGAAGCAAGAGAAAGCACUCAUGGAAAGUCGGGAGACUCAGCUCAAGUCCAGACUCCAAAAUGAGGCUGAUAGGAAUCGAGAACUGCAACGACAGCUAGACGAGCAAACACUCCAAAUGAAGGAGAUGAACAGAGAAUUGUCAGAAUUGAGAGCAGCCCUACAGCAGACACAGACCGCUUUAAGUAAUGAAGUUUACAGGAAACCAUCAAAACCUGCUCAUUUUGCAAGUGUACUAGGUAAAGAUGUCCCUGUUCAUGAUAGGAGUGCUGGCCAUCAAACACGUCCAAUGGUAUCGUCUACAGACUUUGAUGACGGAUAUUUACCAAUCGGAGGAGCCGUAUCUGGACAUCAACGUGAACCAUUCUUUGAUGAUGAUAUUCAAUUUGAAUCAGCACCAGCUCGAGACUCAAGUCCUUCACCAGACACUUCUUUGGCUUUCUUAGAAAACACACGUGAACGAUUUCGUUCCCUUGAACGAGAAGCGGAGAACUUGGAGCAAUCAUACAAAAACUUCCAACAUAGGAUGACUAAUCCAAUUGCAUUGAGGACAUCCCCAAAGCCAGUCAAGAGAGGUCUUGUGCAAGGUAGUGCCUUCCUCUCACCUGCAACAGACCUGAUGAUGACAAGUCAUUCAGAAUCCUAUCCAAGACCAGAUUACAGUGCUGGUGCUGAAUUAUUACAAGAUGGGCUCACUCGCAGAUAUCAGGGAAGAAAGCACGGCGGUGUCUCAUUAACUUCACACGUUGCUGAGAACUCUUCAACUACGUACAGCAACACUGGUGCCCAUAGAAGGUUGGGUCAGCAUGAAUUGUAUUCUUUAAGGGCUACCCAUGAUUCAACAGUAGAAAAUGGAAUGUCCCACCAAAGGUCAUCAACUCAUCCAGGUCACAGGAAUGUCCACAUUCCAGGAAUGUCAUCAACUUUGGAUGAUCCUGCUGUCAGGGCUAAUUCUCUUCAACCCAUCUCUCAGCAGAUCACUCAGGCAAACCUUGACAGAAACAUUGUUGAUGACUCCCCCUCCUCUGGCUUUGUGCAUGGUACUAGUGAAGUUCUGGGGAGAGAGGAACCUAGGGGGGAUGGAGGAUAUUAUGAUUCGGGGACAGAAGCAUCUGCAGUUCAGGCAUUAGGAGCUAUCCAAAGAGUCUCGGAACCAUUUAGAGAUGAGCUUCAGUAUGCAAACUCUGAACCAAUCAGUGAUCAGCAUGAGUCUGCAGUCUCAGAACCAAUCAGUGAUCAGCAUCAGCAUGCAGUCUCAAAACCAACCAAUGAUCAGCCUCUACACACAGUGUCUCUGGAUAAUGCUUGGACCGCAUCACCUGAAGUUGCAGUGCCAUCCUUGGAUGGUGCUUGGAAGACCCCUGCCGACGCUCAACCAAUUUCUCUGGAUACCUCAUGGAAAACUUCUGAACAACUUGCAAAAGAUGAGGAGAAAAGAAUACAAGAGGAAAAAGAAUGGGAAGAAAACCGGAAAAGAAGAAUGGAGGAAAGACGGAGAAAUGAAGAAGAAGCCAGAGAAAGAGAGAGAAGAACACUUGAAGAACUUGAGAAAAAAGAGGCUGGUGGGUUAUCAGGACACCAAGGAGCAUCACCAGAUCAUCCGGAAGCAUCACCAGGAAGUGAUGAAACCGUAAAAGAACAGAAGGAGGUAAAGAAAGAUGACAAAAAAGAAGAAACAGCAGAGGAUGCUUCAAUAGACCCAGUCAUGCAACAGUAUAUGAAGAUUGUGCAGGAAAAACAAACUCAAAAGAAACAGAAAGGAACCAUGAGCCCUACCUUGAACCGGCGACAUGAAACAUAUGUAUUUGAUAACACAGAUGUUGCUGAUUAUGUAGAGUAUGCUGAUGUCAAGAGUACUGGUGAAGUAUCUGAUACAAGUGAUCCAUUUGCUGAUUGGUAGAAAAUAUUUUAUUACAACAGAAUUAACCAACCAGGUGCCUUGUAUCAUUGACUUGGAAGUAUACAU